CUGGACUCACGGCCGUACUUGUUAAUUCGGCAGGUGACAUUCUCAUUAUGACAAGUCUGUUUGUAGCCGUGGCCGUGCUGGCCGUGUUGUCCGCCGGGUUGUGUGAGGACAAGUUGGCGACUCCUCUGCAGAGAGCUGGUACGGCCUUCAACAGCAGAGAGCACAGAUCCAUGCUCUUUGUCAACAAUGGAGAGAAGUUUGGAAACUGGACCUGGCCAGAGAUGUGUCCCGAAAACUUCUUUGCUGUCGGAUUCAGUCUCAGGGUGGAGUCAAAACAGUACGGUUCAGACGACACCGCCCUCAACGGGAUCCGCCUCAUCUGCUCCCAGGACGAGGAACGAAGCUUCCUCUACUACGUUGAGUCUCACACUGGCUAUUUCGGUGAAUGGUCUCACCCCCAAUACUGCCCCACCGGCGUCCUCACCGCCUUCCAGAUCCGCGUGGAGCCCCACCGCGGCCUCUUUGGCGACGACACGGCCGCCAACAACAUCAAGUUCCGCUGCAGCUCCAACCCGACCCUGGAGGGGCCCGGGAUGGACUGGGGCGAGUACGGCUACUGGAGCGAGGACUGCACCGACGGAGGAAUCUGCGGCAUCGAGACCAAGAUGGAGGAAUAUCAGUACGCCCUGGACGACUCCACGCUCAACGACGUCCGCUUCCACUGCUGUAACAAGUCUCAGUAGCUCCAUAAUGACUGACCGAGGAGGAGGAGCUUCAUCCGAUUCCCUGAACUCACCACAAACAAUAAAACACACAUUUAAACCUUAAA